AGUUGGUGAUAUUAUGUCGGUCAGUUCGGAAAAAAAUUUAGAAGCGGGCUCUGACUUAUUGGGUCAGGGACUAUGUCCCUGACUCGGGCUAUAUGGAGUCUGCACUGUAGGUUUUUUUAACUUUUUCUGACAUGUUCUUGUAAUUGGUAAUCAGGCAAACCGUGAGUUAAUACUGAUAGUAUCCAUUCUUGGUAAAACUUACUGGAGAUUUAUGGGAUUUAUUAAGAUGCGAAGCAGAUUUAGGGUAAUUAAAUGAAAAUACAUACACAAUGUACAUUGAAAUUCUAUGUAAAUUUCACAUGCAAUUAAAGACGAUUUUUUGCAAAAUGUACUACCUAUAAUUGUAUCACACAAAUUACAUUUCCUCACGCUAUGGAAAAAUUGUAGGGAAGAUGCAUAUUCGUACAACUAUUAGUGCACGCAUGCCACAAAUUACAUGCUUUCAUAUUUACAUACAUGCACGUGUAUCAAAAUAUGAAGAAACUCGUUUGCAAAAAAAUAUUUUGUUUCGCAUGUAUGUCAGUCAGUCUACAAAUUAUAUUGCUUAAACCAAGAAAAUCUCAUUGUCAAGUUCACACAGUUGCUCUGCGUAUCUUCAACCAGUAGCAUGCAAAAAUCGCACUGCAUUAAUACCGUCACUAUAAAUUCUUGUUUUAAUUAAGUAUUUUCUAUAAUCCAUUUUAGUUGGGGUUUGAUUAUGAAGUUAUUAUUAUUUAACCUCAUAACACCGUUAUUUUUUAUUUGCAAUCUUCUUGUUAAUUCUCAAAAUCCAGGAUUUUUUAAUCGACUUGUCAACUCUGACAACCUAAAUUUUUUUCGUAAACCUCGGUUUAGCUUUUUUAACGAGUUUAUUGAGCCGAUUCCAGGGAUUUUGGAGGAUAUUGUCUCAUCAACAAGUGCAAGCGAUCCAAUUGUUGAUACUGAAAAUGGGUGGCUGCGGGGUGUCAAAAAAAAGUCACGAGAUGGUAAACCAUAUUUUGGAUUUCUAGGAAUACCCUACGCCGUGCCACCGAUUGGGGAUUUACGGUUUGAGCCCCCACAAAAGUUAAUUGGAAGAUGGGAAGGAAUUCGAAAUGCAAAACACUAUGCUUCCACCUGCUUCCACAUGGAUGUCUUUUUUUCUGGAAGGAUGAUUGGUGAAGAAGACUGUCUUUAUGCAAAUGUUUACACCCCAUCGAUCAAACCCAAGAUGUUGAUGCCAACUCUGGUUUAUUUACAUGGAGGAGGUUUUAGCUCAGGAUCUGGAAACAUGUACCAAGAAAAAUAUUUCAUGGAUGAAUCCAGAGUUGUUCUCGUAAUUUUCAAUUACCGUCUAUCUGCACUAGGCUUUCUUAAUACCGGAGAUGGAAUUGUGCGAGGGAAUCAGGCAUUAAAAGACCAAAACUUGCUGCUAAGAUGGGUCCAGUUUAAUAUUGCAAGUUUUGGAGGUGAUCCUACAUCCAUUACAUUGUUUGGAGAAUCUGCUGGGGCAGCAAUGACCCAGUAUCAUUUGCUAUCAGGGCAAUCCAAAGGAUUAUUUCAUAAAGCAAUUUUACUGAGUGGUUCUGCCUUAAGUCCAUUUGCGUUAAAUGGGAAUCCUGCUGCAAGUGCGAAACGACUAGCACGUAGUGCUGGAUGUCCAACGCUAAAUUCAAAACUGAUGGUUAAUUGUUUAAAAACUGUUCCCGUGCAUUUAUUCAAAAAUGAAUACAAACAAAUGAUGAGAACCGUCGCUAACCCUGCAGAAUACUUUGCUCCAAGCGUAGAAACCUUUUGGAACGAGGACACAUUUCUUAAAAAGACUCCUCGUGAAAUCCUUCACGACGGAGAUUAUCUCAAGAUCCCUUUGAUGAGUGGUGUUAGUUCUAGUGAAGGAUUAUUGUACACUGCGAGGUUGAUGGUUGAUCAAUAUGCAAAGCUGAACAUGGACCAGAAAUUUGCAAGUUGGAUUCCACGGUUUUUAUACUAUGAUCCAAAUAAUGAGACUAAAACUGAAAUAAUCAAAUCAUUUUACUUUCCAAAUCAUAAAAUUGAUUUGACACGGUCCAAAGAUUUCGUAAACCUAACAAAUUUGCUUUCAGACGGUUGUUUUUUCCAUCCGAGCCAUGAAUUUGCGAAACUAUAUGCAAGCAAUGCACCCGUCUAUUUAUAUUACAAUACGUAUGAAGGCCGUGUUUCAGUUUUUGAUAUCUUACGAAAAGUUCCACUUGCAAACUUUGAUGAAAAUGAUGACAAUAGUAUCCAAAGUAUUCCCGAGAUCGCAGUGGUAACUGAAUUAUUGUCUGACCUGGUGAGGUAUCGGCUCACAAAUAAAAAACCGUCCAAUUAUGGCACAAGUCACGGUGACACAACAUUUCUACUAUUUAACAUGAAAAACGUUCCUGGCAUUGGACGAUUAAGUAUGGAUUACUCCAUGUCAAAGUCCUUCAUAAAAGCAGUGGUAGACUUUUCAUCGAUUGGCACAAAUCAGACACUGACAUUUGAUGGUAUUCCUUGGCCAACUGUAAAACCGAAUGCAGGCGUUCUGCCUUACAUGCAAAUUAAAUUACCAGGCCAAGUUGUACAAGAACCAUUUCAAGACAGGAUGAAAAUGUGGGAUGAAAAAUUGAAGAAAUAGCAUAAACCUAAUGCAAAACUGGAUCUCAAUCCCAUCAACGUUUUUUAUUGGUGGGAAUCUAUUUAUCUUGCCACUCCAAUGCAAACAACCCAGAAGGAAUACUUACUAAUAAUAACCAAUGAUAAUAGAUAAUUCGUGUGCUAGUCAAAAUGAAAUUAAAGUGUAAUAUUUAACAAUUGCAAACAGAAUAAACAAUGUGCUGGAUAUGUAAA